AAAACCCUUGUAACUGUAUCUGUAUGUUCCAUGUUCCAUGUUCCAAGUUCCAACCGUAUGCUAGGGUUUCCAAUUUUCUGAAACAGUUUCUCCUCUGAAAAUAAAAACAAAAUUUUUUCUCACAAAUUUUUAAAGAGAAAGGAAAAAAAAAACCCCACUUUUUAUGUCUUCUGAUAACAUUUCUAAUACCAUUACCAGUCUGACUUCAAGAGAUGCAGAUGCCUCCUCCUCCACCACCACUACGGCCACCUCCUGCGACAACCCCUCUCCGUCCCCUUCCCCACCCCCAUCGGCUGCUCCGGUUCCUCUGUCUUGGUCUCCCGAUGGGAAGCUGAGCCUUGAGUGGAUCCAGCAUGUUAUGUCGGCGUUGGACUGGUCUUCAAGAAAUCUGCCCCCCUCCGCCUUCCCGUCCGUGCUCCCCGUUCCCGUCUUUGAUGCCCUCGUCCUCACCGCUUCUAAGAUCCUCCACAAAGAACCCAAUUGCCUGCAAAUCGAGACCCUCGACUCCGACUCGACGGUUGUAGUGGUUGGCGAUCUUCAUGGGCAAUUGCAUGAUCUUCUAUUCCUCCUCAAAGAUGCUGGCUUUCCUGCUCAAAAUCGUAUCUUUGUCUUCAACGGGGAUUACGUUGACAGAGGAGCUUGGGGUCUUGAGACUUUCUUGCUAUUGUUAGCUUGGAAGGUUUUCAUGCCACAUAGAGUUUAUCUUCUUCGUGGAAAUCAUGAAUCCAAGUACUGCACAUCUGUUUAUGGAUUUGAGAAGGAAGUUCUGGCGAAGUAUGGAGAUAAAGGUAAGCAUGUGUACCGCAAAUGUUUGGGCUGCUUCGAAGGACUGCCUUUGGCCUCUAUAAUUGCGGGGCGUGUAUAUACUGCCCAUGGCGGGCUUUUCCGCAGCAUUUCAGUCACCCCUUCAAAGAGGUCAAAAGGGAAGAAGAAUCGUAGGAUAAGCCUCAACCCUGUAGCCAACUCUUUAUGCCUUGGUUCUUUCGAGGAAUUAUCUAAAGCUCGAAGAUCAGUUCUUGAUCCUCCAUGGGAAGGAUUGAAUUUGAUUCCAGGUGACGUGCUAUGGUCAGAUCCAUCAAUGAGCCCUGGUCUUUCCCCCAAUAAAGAGAGAGGAAUUGGCUUGUUAUGGGGUCCCGAUUGCACCGAGGAGUUCUUGAAGAAGUUCAGGUUAAAGCUAAUCAUCAGAUCACAUGAAGGCCCUGAUGCUAGAGAAAAGAGGCCUGGUCUUGCAGGAAUGGAUGAAGGAUACACCAUAGAUCAUGAUGUGGAGUCAGGGAAGUUGAUAACUGUGUUUAGUGCUCCUGACUACCCACAAUUUCAGGCAACGGAAGAGAGAUACAAUAACAAAGGGGCAUAUGUUGUGCUGAAGCCCCCUGAUUUUGAUGAUCCCGAAUUCCACAGUUUUGAAGCAAUUUCCCCAAGACCAAAGGUCAAUGCCUACUAUGACUAUGAAGAUGUGAUUGAUUCUGAUGAAGAGUUGGAUUUGGCGUCAAUGGUGACUGCCUCGUGAUGUUUGGGCUCAGUAUGCUUUUGACAAGGUCAUUUCAUCAUGAUAUUCAGUGAAAUGGAUUGAAGAAAGGGAAGAACAGAGUGCCGCGCAAUUAUCUGUCAUUUCGAUCUCAAUCUCAUAUGUGAGAACAUGAGGUUGUCAGGGAUACCAUUCACGGCAUUGCUAUUCGCUUGCGAGAUUCUGUUUGAAG